UACUUCUUUGGUUUAAUAUUAUUUAAUGUAUUCAAGCAAUUAAUUUAAUAAAUUUUAAAAAUUUCCCUCUUUUAGUACAACUGCCUCUAUGGGAAAUUAAUUUGGCGGCUAAAAUGCGGUCAUACCUAAAAAUGCAUAAACCGCAAAAAUUGCAAUUUGUUUCGCAAAAUGGGCCCUAUUAAGCGUGGAGCGCUUAUUGUUUUUGAAGGAUGCGAUCGCAGUGGAAAGAGCACACAAAGCCGUCGGCUGGCUGAACUCCUCAAAUCGAGAGGCAUACCUACAGAGUCCCUAAACUUUCCGGAUCGGAGUACAGACAUUGGUCAGGUCAUUAACAGUUAUCUGACCAACAGCAAGGACCUGCAGGAUGAGGUGAUCCACCUCCUAUUCUCCGUCAACCGCUGGGAGCUCAUGGGAAAGUUGAGACAGAAACUUCUUGCCGGCACGACCCUUAUUGUGGAUCGUUACUCCUAUUCUGGAGUGGCCUAUAGCGUGGCCAAGGGAAUGGAUUUUGAUUGGUGUUAUGCACCGGAAAGAGGUCUUAUUAAACCGGACGCAGUUUUCUACCUUCGAGCUGUACCUGACAGACUCGCAGAGCGCAGUGAAUUCGGCGAGGAGCGCUACGAGAAAGUUGAAUUUCAAAGCCGCGUUUCAGCAGUUUACGAUCGUAUUUUCUCGAAUGAGUCAACCUAUUGGCACCAGUUGGAUGCAAGUGUAACAGCGGAUGAAUUGCACUUCCUGAUAGCUGAAAUUGCGGAGAAACUCCUCCCGAAAGUGACUACCCAGCCCCUGGACAAGUUGUCAUAGCCAAGCGCUGAACACGGUCAUUUAUUAGCCUGGAUUUACGUUGAUUUAUGCAAUACACGUACGCUUGUAAUAAAUGUUUUAAAUGCCCAUUGUUUUGCUGGCUGCGCUUAAUUUUUAAUUUACGAUAAGGAUAAAAAGCAAUAAAUAAAGCCAUCGGCAGCGAAGGUCGUUAGGUGUUGAACGAAA